ACCAGGACUAAAGUGGGACGAGCCGACUGAAUGUAGUCGCUGUAUUUUGAAGAAAGAAAGAAAGGAGGGCCACAUUUUUCUCGUUUUGAGCGAUUGGAUGGCAGCACUUGUUUUUUUAAUAACAGACUGUGUGAGGAUACUGUUUCCAGGAGAAGGGGGAUUCUCCUCUCAGCCAUCUUGACUGCUGCUCGCCGCCCUGAAGGCUGCUUUCUCUCCUCCUCCUCAGCUGAAAGUAAACACGGCUUGCACAUUGCUUGCAACUCCGUGCAAGACCCCCGAGAGAAGCGAGAUGGGCUCGCCGCGCAACAUCUAACCGGAGCAGAGGCAGAAGCAGACGGCUGAGGGGAUCUACUGCUGUCGGUACCAGAGGGUAACACGACGCGCCGGAGGGAUGGAUCUGUUUGGGAUUUACCUGCUCCUCUCCCUCGCUCUCCUUCCCCGAUCCAGCUGCACCACGGCUAAGGAGAUCACCUGCCAGGAGAUAGCCGUGCCCCUGUGCAAAGGGAUCGGCUACAACUACACCUACAUGCCUAACCAGUUUAACCACGACACGCAGGACGAGGCUGGACUGGAGGUGCACCAGUUCUGGCCUCUGGUUGAGAUCCAGUGUUCCCCGGACCUGAAGUUCUUCCUGUGCAGCAUGUACACCCCGAUCUGCCUGGAUGACUAUAAGAAACCUCUGCCCCCGUGCCGGAGCGUGUGUGAGAGAGCCCGGGCUGGUUGUGCGCCUCUCAUGCGGCAGUACGGCUUCCCCUGGCCAGACAGGAUGAAGUGUGACCUGCUGCCGGUACAAGGCAACCCCGACACUCUGUGCAUGGACUACAACAGAACUGACUCCACCACAGUUUCCCCUGUCCUCUCCAAACCAACCAACCACCCCGGUAAGGGUUACAAUCCUCCUAAAAAUAAGCCCAGCCGACCCGGCGCGUCUGGGAAAUACAAGCCGCCUGCCACCCCCUGUGAGCCGGGGUGCAAGUGUUUGGAGCCCAUGGUGCCUGUGAACACGGACCGUCACCCGCUCUACAACCGGGUCAAAACAGGUCAGAUCACAAACUGUGCCAUGCCUUGCCACAAUCCCUACUUUACGCACGACGAGAGAGCAUUCACCGCUUUUUGGAUAGGACUUUGGUCCGUGUUGUGCUUCGUGUCAACUUUUGCCACAGUAGCCACUUUCCUCAUCGACAUGGAGAGGUUCAAAUAUCCAGAGAGACCCAUCAUCUUCCUCUCAGCGUGCUACAUGUUCGUGUCAGUGGGCUACAUUGUGAGACUGAUCGCGGGACAUGAGAAAGUGGCGUGUAACCGGGAGUUUGACCUGGAGCACAUCCACUAUGAGACCACCGGCCCCGCACUGUGCACCGUGGUCUUCCUGCUUAUUUAUUUUUUCGGCAUGGCCAGCUCCAUCUGGUGGGUCAUCCUGUCUCUGACCUGGUUCCUCGCAGCCGGUAUGAAGUGGGGCAACGAGGCGAUCGCCAGUUACUCCCAGUACUUCCACCUGGCCGCCUGGCUCAUCCCCAGCAUGAAAUCCAUCGCGGUGCUGGCGCUGAGCUCCGUGGACGGAGACUCAGUGGCUGGCAUCUGCUACGUGGGGAACCAGAACUUGGACAACUUGCGAGGCUUCGUUCUAGCCCCUUUGGUGAUUUAUUUAUUCAUAGGCACUAUGUUCCUCCUGGCCGGAUUUGUGUCUCUGUUCAGGAUCCGCAGCGUCAUCAAACAGGGUGGCACCAAAACAGACAAACUGGAGAAGCUGAUGAUAAGAAUUGGCAUCUUCACUGUGCUUUACACGGUGCCAGCCACUAUCAUAGUAGCCUGUUACUUUUAUGAACAACACAACAGGCAGAGCUGGGAGAUCACACACAACUGCUCCAACUGUUUACUGGAGAGGGACCGCAGGAGCCCGGACUAUGCCGUUUUUAUGUUAAAGUACUUUAUGUGCCUUUUAGUGGGCAUCACGUCCGGGGUGUGGAUCUGGUCUGGGAAAACUUUGGACUCUUGGAGGACUUUUUGCACCAGAUGCUGCUGGGGCAGUAAAGGCACUAGCGGCUCCAUGUACAGUGACGUGAGCACCGGACUAACGUGGAGGUCAGGCACGGCCAGCUCUGUGUCUUGCCCCAAGCAGAUGCCAUUGUCCCAGGUUUGAAUGAGAGAAAAAGCAGCUUAUGAGGACUGCUAAUUGUUUGGGAGAUAACCCAUCAGUCCCUGUCUUAAGCAAUUUGCAUAGUAAUGAACUGCUGCUGAGGUAUCCUUCCCCCUCAUUCUCUCAAACUCACACACCUCUGUGGGGAGAGUUGGUUGAAACAAUGUACCUGACAUUCACACAGGUUAAUUCCUCCAUGUUUUUAUGUAUAAGACGUACAGACUGAGGCUUUUACGCAACCUGGGCAUUACUUCUUGAAGGGAGAGAGAACGUUUUGUUCCUAACUCGCUUCAUACAAAGAGCAUUUGCCAUUGUAUCUAGUGCCAGAUAACAUUGUAUAAUUCAAUCAAAGAUGGUUUAAAUUAAGCCUUAAUAGUGCCCAAGUAUUUUACUGGUCGUUCAUUUUUGUAAUUUUCAAAUGUAUUUAUAUAAAAGAUAAGUAAAAAUGUGUACAUUUGUGUAUAAAAGAAAACUUUAUAAGCUAUUGUAAAUUUGUACAAAGUGUAGAUGUCUCUUUUUGUGAGAACACAAAUAUGAACUUUAUUUUGACAAUAAAACAUUUGAUAAAUCAAA